AUGCGAGGAGCCACGAUUCUCAAGACCUCCGAUGACAAGACCCGCGCCUUGAACAAGAACACCUUGCUCGCAUUCUCCGGUGAGGCAGGUGACACCAUUCAAUUCGCCGAGUACAUCCAGGCCAACAUUGCUCUAUAUACGAUGCGCAAUGAGACAGAUCUGGGCCCAAGUGCCGUCGCGAGCUUUGUGAGAGGAGAACUGGCCAGGUCAUUGAGGAGCAGGAAACCCUACAAUGUCAACCUGUUGCUAGGCGGUGUCGAUCCCAUCACGAAGGAGCCCAGCUUGUACUGGCUAGACUAUCUUGCCAGCAGCGCGAAGGUGCCAUACGCUGCCCAUGGAUAUGCUCAAUACUACUGCCUUUCCAUCCUCGACAAGCACCAUCAUCCCGACAUCUCAUUCGAGCAAGGCAUGAAAAUUCUCCGCAUGUGCACAGACGAGCUCCAACGCCGUCUUCCUAUCGACUUCAAGGGCAUGACUGUCAAGGUGGUCAAGAAGGACGGCAUCGUGGACUUAGAGUAUGACACCAGCAAACAGGUGCUGGCAGCUUAA